CAGGACUACCUCGAUUCAGGCUCAGGAUUUUCAUCAGUCGUCCAGAAUUCACCAGCCAUGAAGCACACUCUGCGAGCUUUACCUUUCCUCCUAUACUUUGCAGCACUUGCACUUGCUUUGCCUGCUUCCGUCGUCGAAGAUGUCAAGUCUUCUGAUAUUAAGAACAGCAAAGUAAAACGUGCUCCAGUCAACGCUGAAAGCCAUGGAGAAUCUCGUCCAACAGCUGUUAAGCGCGGCUUGAAUCUUAAGAACGGACAGCUUCCUCUGUUGACCGAAUGGGAUCAGCAACGAUUCCGAUUCCCAUCCGAGGAAGAACCUUUCGCCGCUUCACCUCUGUACACCUCCGAAGAUGAAUUGGGAAACGACAAGACCGUCGCCGAAUACGAAAAGGGCUUUCGCUACGGAGUCAACAAGGAUAAAUUGGAUGAGGCCUUAGAGAAUGCCAUCCUGAAAUCCGAAUUGUACGGCGAACCUGCGGCCGUCAAUCAAUAUCGUUAUUACGGAAUGGAAGGCGACAAGAAGCGGAAGCGUCGAAAUGCCCAGAAAACCAGGAUGGAUAAUCGGUACAAGCGUGAAGUGGAUCUGAGCCCCGAGGACAUUCUGGCAAUUCUAACUUUGUGGGAGAACGAGCGUCAGCACGGUCCUCCGGCUAAUUUCCAUCCUUCCUGGCAACGUUUCGACAACUUCGACAUGGAUUCGAUUUCCGGUGACAAGAAUGAACCUGAAAUCGAACAGAACGAUGAGGAUUGGUUGGAUUCUCCCGUUUAUCCGCAUAUUUCUGAGCAUUUGUCACCGAUGAAUCCCAACUACUAUUACGACUCCAAGCCGCAGGUGUACGAGAAGCGCAGAAUGUGGGGUGAAUAUCCCGAUAAGAAGAAGCGUUUCAUGGUGGCCAAGAAGAGCAACGAUCCCACUAGGGAGAUUCGCUUCUUGAAUGGUCCCACUCGCAAUAACUACUACACUCUUUCCGAGCUUCUAGGUGCCGCACAACAGGAGCAGAACGUUCCUCUCUACCAACGCUACGUCUUGUAAUUCCCACAUAUCCCAUACCUAUAUAAUCUAUCUAACGUAUCUAUGAAUGUGUCAAAUCGAUGUAUAUUUUUUGAAGUCAGAAACGAUAUAAAAUAAUUUUAUUGUUAACAUAUUAUAUGA